AAGCGAAUAAUCGUAGCGCACCACUCACCAGCGUGGCUGGAGUAGUAGGAGUGCAGGGCCGCAAUGUUUGGUGCGUAUAAAUAUGCAUGUUUCAGUACGAACAAACUGUCAAACAGAUCACAGCAGUGCACCUGUGCUGAAUGUGAAGUGCUGAAGCGAAGGAACUGAACGUGCCGUAAGCUGGUGUUAGUGGUUCCGGUAGAUCUUGCAGCUAAACCAGAGUGAAAAGGAUAGACAGGCAGAAGCUCCAUCCAUACCCGGCUAGAGCGGCCAUUGUGCGUGUUGCUUUUUUUGCGGCUUCGAAAUAAGCCGUCAUCGUCCUAAGUGAUCCCUAACGUGACUGUGCUAGUGGUGAACGAUGAAGAAAGUUUUCUUAUUCGGCCUCCUUGCGCUGGUACUGCUGGUGACGGUGGUCAGCGGUGAUGGAAAGAAAAAGGAAAGUUCGUUCGAGGAAAGCGGAGGCAGUGAGCACGGCGGUGAUCAUCACUCGAAAAAAGGCGACAAAGGCGAUAAGGGGUACGAGAAGAAGCAUGGUCUAGAGAAGUCGGAGAAGGGCAGCAAGGGAAAGGAGGAUCACGAGUCGCACUACGGCGAGGAAGGUGGCCACAAGAAGGAAAGCCACGACGAGGGCGACCAUUACAAGAAGCAUCACGAGGAGAAGAAGGGCGCGAAGCACGGCAAGAAGGGCCACAAGAAGGGCCACAAGAAGGGCUCGAAGACGACCGGGUACCAUCACAAGUCGCACAAGGAUGACUACCACAAGGAGCACAAGUUCUACGACGAUCAUCACAAGGAGGGCCACCACAAGAAGUUUGGCGAUUUCAACGAGUUCCACAAGAAGAACGGGGGCGAUCAUAAGAAGGGCGAUCACCACGAGUCGGCCCACAAGGAGGAUAAGUACGCGAAGAAGGGCCAUGCGGACAAGGGCCACUUCGACGAUGAGCACAAGGGCUGGAAGCACAAGCACGGCCACGAGUCGCACUUUUCGCACAAGGACGAUUUCGGCAAGAAGGGCGGCAAAUCGGGUGGUAGCGAGCAUGGGUAUAAGAAGGGCGAUAAGAAGGGCCAUUAGGACUGGAGCGGCUGGUGGCGGCCCAAUCGAUCGCAUUGGGUGUGGGUUUAGUGCAUGUUCUUUAAAGAUUUAGACAGAAAAAUUCGGUAAAUAUAUGUAAGGUUUUCAAAUGA